AUGGUGAAUGCGAAGAUCCGUGAUUUGUUUGGAGAGCGUUGCUUGAGCACUACUCAAUUGUGGCUCCAUUUGGUAUUCUGUAGCUGCAUGCGGAACACCAUCAAUGCCAUCCGUGCCGUCACCGCGGCCAGCAGUGCGAGACUUUUCAGACGUCGCUUGGAUGCAGUUCCAAUCCCAGCAGAGAAGUUGGAGGCGGCGUUGCGGCAGGUGCUUGGCGCUGAGGCCGCUGGAGCCAGCCGCACUGCCGUGGCCAGGGCUGGCAUGUUGCACAAGCAUCCCGAGGUCGUUCGGAUUGGGUUGUCACUGGCACAAUCUGGUCUUGGUGUAGAGAUUCAACAGUUGCGGUCGGAACACGUGCCGGCUGCCCCCAUAGGGCUACGCGUCGAGUGCGAUGGAGCGCAGGUGCCUUUGGAUGCUGGUGAGCUUCGAGAUUUUCGGUGGCCACCCACGAGUGUGGAGGUGAUGGCGAACGACUGGGAGGUGGAGUCCAUUCUUUUCCGCUACCCAGAUGGGUCCUAUCUUACAGGUUUGGAUGGAAAUCCGCUUGGCCGUGGCCGAGCUGCACCGCCAUUUGAACUGAUGCGGGAUGAGUUCAUCACCAAAAUCACUGGCUACGCCACAUUUGGGACGCUCCGGAGUCUGCGUUUUCACAGCAGCAAGGGCCGGAUUUCUGACUAUGGCUGCCAGGUGCCUCCUGCUGAUGGUGAAGCGUUCUGCUUCGCAGCGCCGCCCGGCACCGUGCUGGCAGCCUUCAGUCGAAAGGCAAUGCAUGGGGAUGUGGUAGAGAGAUCCAUGGCAUGUGGAUGCAUGUGGGGCAUGUGGAGCUACGCAUGUAUGAAACAAUGCACACAAUAUAUAUAUAUAUAUGUAUAUAUAUACACAUAUGUAUACACAUAUGUACAUAUAUAUAUAUAUGUAUACACAUAUGUAUAUAUAAAUAUAUGUAUAUAUAUAUAUAUGUAUACACAUAUGUAUAUAUAUAUAUAUGUAUAUAUAUAUAUAUUUAUGUAUAUAUAUAUAUUUAUGUAUAUAUAUGUAUAUAUAUGUAUAUCUAUAUAUGUAUAUAUAUAUACACAUAUGUAUACACAUAUGUACAUAUAUAUAAUAUAA